AGAGGCAGUCUGGGAGAAUACUGUAGUACACUAUUCAAACCAGCGAGGCACGUUUAAUAACAGGAACUACGGCUAUAUAGAUUUUCAACAAGGAAAACUGGCCUAACAGGAGUUGCUGGGUUUGUUUUGCUACUGAUGAGGAUGACAGAACAGCAGAAUGGGUGAGACCAUGUAGAUGUAGAGGCUCUACAAAAUGGGUUCACCAAACAUGUCUGCAGCGUUGGGUGGAUGAAAAACAAAGAGGAAACAGUACAGCUCGAGUUGCCUGUCCACAGUGCAAUGCAGAAUACUUGAUAGUAUUUCCAAAGUUAGGUCCAGUUGUUUAUGUCUUGGACUUAGCAGAUCGUCUUAUCUCAAAAGCCUGUCCAUUUGCUGCAGCUGGAAUAAUGGUGGGCUCUAUCUACUGGACAGCUGUCACCUAUGGAGCUGUAACAGUGAUGCAGGUCGUAGGUCAUAAAGAAGGCCUUGAUGUCAUGGAGAGAGCAGAUCCAUUAUUUCUUUUGAUUGGACUUCCCACCAUCCCAGUUAUGCUUAUAUUGGGAAAGAUGAUCCGUUGGGAAGACUAUGUGCUUAGAUUGUGGCGAAAGUACUCUAACAAACUGCAGAUACUGAACAGCAUAUUUCCAGGGAUUGGAUGUCCUGUUCCUCGUAUUCCAGCUGAGGCAAACCCUUUAGCAGAUCAUGUCUCUGCGACUCGUAUCCUAUGUGGAGCUCUUGUCUUUCCCACAAUCGCCACAAUAGUGGGAAAAUUGAUGUUCAGCAGUGUUAAUUCUAAUCUUCAAAGAACAAUUUUGGGUGGAAUUGCUUUUGUUGCUAUAAAAGGAGCUUUCAAAGUCUACUUCAAACAGCAGCAAUAUUUGCGACAAGCUCAUCGGAAAAUUUUAAACUACCCUGAGCAAGAAGGGGCAUAAAUGGCUACAGUAUGCCUGACAGACUCUUACAAUCUCAUUUCCUAUAUUCUGUGACAAUUCUAUUAGUUAGCUACAGGAGCCGAGAUUGGAUGAAAUGCUGCUGCAUUUCGUAUCUCUCCCCUUUCCACAUAGACUAAUAAAAGACUGUAUAAUGUCAAGGUGAAUUCUACUUAGUUGUUAAGCUUAAGAAUGUAAUUUUAUUUCAUCAAUGUGUUUUUCUUUGUGGCAGGAGACAUCUGAAUCCAUUUCUUGUGGGGAUAUAUUGCCUUUUGGGGUUUUUCUGAAACAGCCAAACACUUACGAAGUUAAUAAAUUAUGUGCAGACUAUAUUGAAAUAUCUUUUGUAUGCUCAUUGCAGUAAAUUCAUAAUUCUUUGCUAGUCAACAACUACCUGUCGAAAUAACCGACAUUUCUAGAAUGUUAAAAACUGAACAUAUGCCUGUUCUUAAUAAUCACUUGGUAUAUUAACAUAACAUUUUUUUAUUUAAAAGUUUCAUCUGAUGGUUUACCUUUAGUCCUUGCAUUGUAAGUUGUACUACAUAUAAUUGAGUCUCAUUUGCCUGCUGUGAAAUGAAAAAAGUGAAUCACAAUCUGCUUGUAACCAAGUUGCAAUAUUGAAGUUAUUGUUUUGUACCAAUGUACUAUGGAAUCUCAGUCAAAUGAUGGAUAUUAUUAGUUCAAGAUAAAUAUAAAAGUAAGAUUCAAAACCAGGACUGAUAACAUGCAGCUAUAUGUAGAAGUAUUCUGCCUAUACUUCCAAAAGUAUUCAGGAAACUAUAAACAUAAUACAAAUUGUAUUUACUAGUAGGGCUUUUUUAAAUAGAAAUUGUUUUAAUAUUUUACUCCUAUGACAUCUGGCACUUUACUGGUUUUGUUUUGAGAAUACAAUUUCUAAGUGUCUUUGAUUUUGAUGGAACCUCCCAGCAAAUACUUGUAGUAGUGGUCCUAAUUCUACAUACAGACAUAGAGAAACCCUUUUCUAGUAAACAGAAUGGGUUUCUUAUAACAUAAAGAGUUGAGAUUUAGGAAUGGUACUUGAGCUAUCUUUUUCUCAACAAAAGAAAUAAGC